AUGGCAUCGGCACCUGGAAGGAGGUCAAGAACUGUAGGGCCGUUCAAGCACGAAGACGACAAGCCCCCUGCUUGUCUUCUCAGGAUCAAGAAGGACAUCGCUGAUCUGGCGAUCGAUCCACCAGAAGGACUGUACGCUGUCCCAGAAGAAGGUGAUAUCAAGAGCAUAUACGCCCUGAUUGUGGGACCGCGAGGGACGCCAUACGAGCACGGCCUGCUUAUCUUUCACCUGCUUUGUCCCAAAGAGUACCCCAUGGCCCCUCCCAAGGUUCGUUUUAUAACCACGGGCGGACGCGCGUUCCUUCAUCCAUACCUGUACACGAACGGGACAGUGUCCUUGAGCAUUUUAGGCACUUACGCUGGUCCCCAGUGGUCAUCUGCUCAGACUUUGAGCAGCCUGCUACUGUCCAUUCAGUCGCUUUUGACGGAACUGCCGUAUUAUGACCACCCAUUCAAGAGGCACACCAACAAACAAGAGGAGCGAAAGGAAGCAGACGACUACAACACCUUCGUCAGGUAUGAGGUGCUCAAAGAAUCAGUGUGCGGCAGUGUGGAACGUUGCCUUCAGGACGAUUGCAUGUACCCGCCGGCUCUUCAGCGCAAGCUUUUCAAGCUCUUUUUGGAAAACUACGCCAAUUAUGAGCGGUGUGUGAGCCAGGACAUCAACCUCUCCGGCACACCGAUAAAGAAUCCCUUUAGCGGUGGCCUUGGAAUGUACGACCACGAAGCACUCGCAAGCCGACUGAGGAUUCUCAAGAAAAAUGUAGACACGAGGUGCAGUCCAACGAUCUAG